AUGGUCCAUAAGCCUACCCCCAGUCCUAGCUCUGCUAGCGACGCCGUUCGUUGGGAAGAGACUGAUGUUCUCAUUGUCGGCUCUGGCCCAAUCGGUGCCACCUUCGCCCAUACCCUUGUCAAGAAAGGCAUCAAGGUUACGAUGAUCGAUAUCGGCCAGCAAGAAACUCGACGCAUCGGUGAUCAUAAGAAGAACAGCGUUGCGGUUCAGAAGGAUAUCAGCUUGUUCACCAACGAGACUUUAACUCAUAGUGUGCCUAGGGAGAACUGCACCCACUCUCUGUGCCAACUAACACGGCGCGACCUGUCAUGGAACCGGCCUCCUGGGCUCCUCGGUAGGGUAAUGCACUCUCAUGAUAGGGACUAUGCUAAAGUAAAAAGACCCACUGACGCGGCCUACGUCCUCAAUGGCCAGAACCCAGACCAGAAAUCUUACGGCAACCUUCCCGCCGCAGCUGCGACUCGUGUCGUCGGUGGUAUGGGAUCUCACUGGACAUGCUGCACUCCUCGACAGCAUAAGGGGAUCGAGCGCUCUGACCUUUUCAGCGAUGGCGAGUGGAACACUCUCUACGGCCGGGCCGAGAAGCUCUUUACCAAGACCGACGAUGCUUUUGACGACUCUGUCCGCCAGAGGCUGGUUAAGCGUGUCCUUACUGAGGCCUACCCCGAUCGUGAGAUGAAGAGCAUGCCGCUGGCUUGUAAGCGAAAGCACGAUAACAAGGAAUACGUCGAGUGGUCUUGCACUGCUACCAUUCUUGGGGAACUCUCUAAGCCUGAGUACUUUUACAAGGGCGAGGAACGGCUCUUCGACAUGAGACCCAACACUCAGUGCGACAAGCUGGAACUGGAUCCCGAUCAUCAAAUUGCCUGGGCUUUGAUCAAUGACCUUGAAGCGAACCAGCAGUACUACAUCCAUGCCAAGAAGUAUGUUGUUUGUGCUGGAGCUGUUCUCACUCCCGGUAUUCUCCACAAGUCUGGACUAAAGCCAAGACUUCCAGCUUUGGUUUAUUUCCCGCUGUCCGAGAAAUACCCCUGGCACACUCAGAUUCACCGAGAUGCUUUCGGAUAUGGAGAGGUUCCAUCCAACAUCGAUCAACGCCUUGUAGUCGAUCUGCGCUGGUUUGGCUACAUGAAACCUGACCAAGAAAACUACGUCACAUUCUCUAACAAAACAAAGGACCAGUUUGGAAUGCCUCAGCCAACCUUCAACUUUGUCUUGGACGAGGAAGCCGAUGAGCGUUGCAAGCGAAUGAUCACAGAUAUGAUUGAGGUGGCUAGAAAGCUUGGCGGCUUUCUUCCGGGUGCAGAGCCCAAGUAUCUUGCUCCCGGUUCCGCCCUUCAUAUCUGCGGCACAUACCGCGCAGGAAGCACGCCAGUUGACAGUGUUGUCAACAAGAACGGUAAAGCCUGGGGUGUUAAUGACCUUGUUCUUGGAGGAUGCGGUGUCAUUCCUACCCAGAACGCUUGUAACCCUACACUCACUGCUGCUUGUUUCGCUCUUGCAGCCGCCGACAAGAUUAUUGAAGAUCUUCAUGUCGACCAGUGA